AUUUUGGGAUUUGGGGUGUUUUUGAUGGUAUGUUGGUUUGGGUCUAGGGUUUGUGAAAGAUGGGAUUGGGUGGUAAUGAUGUGAAAGUGGAGUCUUGGGAAGUUGGCAAAUCCAAGGGAAGGAAGAAGAAAGAUGGUGGGGAAGAGGAGACUGGGUGUUGUUGGGUUAAGCUCAGGUUUAUGGCCAGCUGCAUUUCUUCAAGAUCUAAAGUUGAUAGCUCCAUUAGUGGAACCAGUACUCAUUAUGAAAAUAGAUCUACAAAUGAUACAAGCAGAGACCAACCGGUUGCUCCAGUAGUCUCAUCUACGACCACUAGUAAUGCAGAAAGCAAUUCAUCCACUUCCAAACUUGAAGAGGAACUUAAAGUUGCUUCUCGGCUUAGAAAAUUCUCAUUUAAUGAUCUUAAGAUGGCAACACGGAAUUUUAGACCCGAGUCUCUUCUUGGUGAAGGUGGUUUUGGCUGUGUAUUUAAGGGGUGGAUUGAAGAGAAUGGAACUGCUCCAGUGAAGCCUGGCACAGGGCUUACUGUUGCUGUUAAAACGCUCAAUCAUGAUGGGCUUCAGGGUCAUAAAGAAUGGCUGGCUGAAGUGAAUUUCCUUGGUGACCUCAUUCAUCCUAAUCUGGUCAAACUGAUUGGUUAUUGCAUUGAAGAUGAUCAAAGGUUGCUAGUUUAUGAGUUUAUGCCUCGAGGAAGUUUGGAGAAUCAUCUGUUUAGGAGGGCCCUGCCUCUUCCAUGGGCCAUAAGGAUGAAAAUUGCACUAGGUGCUGCUAAGGGUCUUGCAUUUCUUCAUGAGGAAGCAGAAAGGCCAGUUAUAUAUCGUGAUUUUAAGACCUCCAACAUCCUAUUGGAUGCAGAGUACAAUGCCAAGCUUUCUGAUUUUGGACUUGCUAAAGAUGGUCCCGAGGGAGAUAAGACUCAUGUAUCUACCCGCGUUAUGGGAACUUAUGGAUAUGCUGCCCCUGAAUAUGUGAUGACAGGACAUUUGACAUCAAGGAGUGAUGUCUAUAGUUUUGGUGUGGUUCUACUAGAAAUGCUGACUGGCAGAAGAUCCAUGGACAAAAACCGGCCAAAUGGGGAACAUAACCUUGUGGAAUGGGCAAGGCCCCAUCUAGGAGAAAGAAGAAGAUUUUACCGUCUGAUAGACCCACGGCUUGAGGGUCAUUUUUCAAUAAAAGGUGCCCAGAAAGCUGCCCAGCUGGCUGCUCACUGCCUCAGCCGGGACCCAAAAGCGAGGCCCUUAAUGAGUGAAGUUGUUGAAGCCUUGAAGCCUCUGCCAAACCUUAAGGACAUGGCGAGUUCAUCUUAUUAUUUCCAAACCAUGCAAGCUGAGCGCAUUGGUUCCAGCCCAAAUGCUCGAAAUGGUGUCCGAACACAGCAAGGAAUACUUUCAAGGAAUGGCCAUCAGCAGCAGAGGAGUCUUUCAAUACCAAAUGGUUCUCAUGCUUCCCCGUAUCACCAGAACCAAUACCCCUAUCAAUCACCCAAACCCAAUGGUAAACCGUAGCAUUGGGUUAUCGUGUUUCUAAUUAUCCUUGUGUUUUCCCCCACGCCCCCUCUUUCUUUCUUUUUUUUCUUUCUUUUAUCAUCAAUGCCUCUUCCUUUUUUUCUUCCUUUUCCUUUUUAAAUAUAGAUAUAUUUUCUGUUGAAGCAUUUGUUCUUGGACGACUGGAAAAGCAACAGAGAACAUGUUUGCUUUAAUGUUGUUGUGAUCCUUUCAGAGUGGUAACCUCCUUUCCUUGUUAGGGGGAGAAUGGCAGGGAAAAGUGAAAUUCUGGAGCAAA